AUGUCCGCCUGGCCCUUUGGACAGAAUAGCAGCGGUACCACCACUGGACCGUCGCUUAUAAAUAAAACACUCGAUGAGUAUUUCCAUGUUCUAGAGCAUCUACAAUUACCUGAAGGUCAGUUACCUCCAUCUGUUCAACGUUGCAACGUUGACGGUGAUGGUAAUGACUAUGAUGAUGACGAAACCGAAAAUAAUAAUUCUAAUAGCUUGCUCAAUACUAUUCAUGAGAAUGAACCAAUGGUUGCUCAUGAGAUAUCUGCCACAAAUAGGACUCCCUUGAAGAGAGAUCGAACUGGAGAUGAAGAUGAUGAAAGAGAAAAACAUGAUGAGGAUAAAGAUAAAGCUCCCGUAUAUGGAAUUCAUGAUUUGGAUUCCAGAUUCAUUGAGAAGAUAUUGAUAGAUUCAGAAUUACUUAAUGAACUAAAUAGACAAAAUAAUAAAUUGUUAGAUUUCUUAUGCUAUGGAAUAUUUUAUGAUAAUUCACAAUCUAAAAUACCUAAUUUACAAUUUUUAAUUGAUCAAUUAAUAAUUUGUUGUGAUUCUAUUGAUCCUAAUGACAAUGAUAUAUCAUUGAUUCCAAAGGAUGAUCAAUUUCUUUCUAAUGAUGCAGAUAAAAUUGAAACAGAAUCACAAAGUACAAAAUUCUUAAAUCGAGCUACUAUUAUAUCAGAAAUUUUUUCAUCUGAUAUUUGGUUAAUUACAGAGACAUUAAUGAAACACAAACCUUACCUUGACAAAAUUUGGUCUUUGUUAAUUCAUCCAAAUUUUAAUUCUGAAAAAUCUCCAAUUGUUUCAAUAUUCAUUAAGAUUAAUCAAAAUUUAUUAUUCUCUAAACAGGAUGAUUAUUUACAAUUCAUCCUAACACAUAAUACUUUAGUUGAUGAUGUAUUAAACCAUAUUGAUAUAUCCAUGAUAAUGGAUUUUUUACUUAAAUUAAUUGGUUCAGAUAGAAUAGAUUCACCAACUGGAAUCAUCACUUUAUUGACAAGGCAGCAGAUGAUUCCUAAAUUAUUGCAAUUCCUUAAUAAUGAUCAAUAUGGUAGUGAUGUUCAAGCAUAUGUUGGAGAUUUCUUAAAAGCAAUCAUUGCCAUUUCUGCAAAUGCUCCGUUGGAUGAUGUCUCUGUAGGUCCCAAUGAUUUGACUCGUGAAUUAGCAUCACCACAAGCAAUCGAUAUGUUAACCAAUAUAAUGAUACGAGAAAGAGGUGCUGCAUUAAAUAUUGCAGUUUCUGUUGUAAUAGAAUUGAUAAGGAAAAAUAAUUCUGAUUAUGAUCAAAUUAACUUAUUGACUACGACAUUAAGAGAAAAUCCACCUACUGAUAGAGAUCCUAUUUAUUUAGGUUAUUUAUUGAGACGAUUCACUCAAUGUUUACCUGAAUUAUUUCAAAUCAUAUUGGAUAUUGAAUUAGAUGAUUCUCUACCAACGCGAGAGAAUCAAUUGGGUGAAACAUUCAAACCUUUAGGGUUUGAAAGAUUUAAAAUUGUGGAACUAAUUGCAGAAUUAUUACAUUGUUCAAAUAUGGGAUUGAUGAAUUCGAUGAGAGCUGAAAGAAUUGCACAAAAGAGAGAUCAAUAUAGAGAACUUUUUCUUCAAGAUAAUUGCAUCACUAAUUCAAAUAUUCAUAUGGUUUCAACGCUACAUAGACUCUCUAUUAAUGAAGAUGAUACUAAUGACGUCAUUGUUAGUAAUGAAAAUAACAAUGUCAUCGAUGAUAAUGAUAACAAUAAUAAAAAUAUAAAUAUAAAUAAUGGUAUACCGGCAACUUCCCAAUCUUCCAAGAUUACGAAGGAAGAACAAUUGGAAAAUUUCUUAAAUGAGAAUAACGGUGAUGAAGGAGAAGAAGUGGAUGAAUCAUUUGAUAUACCAUACGUUAAGGAUACUCAAAACGAAAAAUUAAGAAAAUCUCCUACAAUUGGGGACUAUUAUAAAAUAUCUCUGUACGAUAAUUAUAUUAUCCCAAGGAUUUUACUUCUUUUCUUAAAAUAUCCAUGGAAUAAUUUUUGGCAUAAUGUAAUAUUUGAUAUUAUUCAACAAAUAUUUAAUGGAAGAAUGGAUUUUUCUUAUAAUUCUUUCUUAGUUUACUCUCUAUUUGAUAUCAAAGGUGCAAAUCAAUUUAAUAAUAUGGAGCCAAAGCAAACAAGUGACGAACAAUUAGAUAUAUCAAAUUUCAAAAUAACUACCGAUUUUAUUCUGAGAGGCUAUCAAAAUUCUUAUAGAUUUUAUGAUACAAAAAAUAUGAAUUUAGGAUUUAUGGGUCACUUAGUAUUAAUUGCAGAAGAGGUGGUAAAAUUUUCAAAACUGUAUAAAGUGGAACUGAUCUCCCCUGAUAUUUUUAAAUGUUUACAAGAUGAAGAUUGGCAAUAUUAUUCGGAAGAAGUUUUGAACGAUACAAGAAUGAUGUACUCUAAGAUUCUUGGUGGAGGAACUUAUGUGGAAGAUGGUAAUGGUAAUAUUAUCCCACAAUUGCCAAAUUCUUCCUAUAAUGGAGACGAUGAUUCUUCACACUCUCUAGGGGAUAACGAUAAUGAUAAUGGGAUUAAUGGUGAUGAAAAUAUGGGUGGUGGAUUGGUCAAUGUAGAAUCUCUAGAGGAACAAUUGUCUACUGAAUCAGACCUUCAUUUCAAACUAAAACAAAUGUUGAUCUCAAGAUCGCGAGCAGAUGUAGAUGAAGCCAAUGAGAAAAACGGGGUUAUUAUACUUGGACCACCACCAACAUCAACUGAUUGA